CGGGUUCCCGGCGAGGGCUCCGCUUUCCCUCCGGGUCCUCCGCGGGAAGCGCCAGAAGCGGAGGGAGGAACGCCUACGAGGGUUGCCACCGGCUCAGUUCGAUAGGGGAUGCCGAAGAACGCGCGUCGUCGUUCACCGCGGCUUCACAUAUUUUAAUUUGCGACAGCUCGGAAGGCAAAGAAAGAUUCGGAGACUCGGGUGAAAGUGUAGCUGCGUUGGUGAGAUCCGAAUACCCCGAGGUUCCCAUUGUCACGUAUUAGCUAUUUCGAUUUUUCAAAAUUUACCAUAUUUUUUUCUUUCGAUCCACCACCUCGUCUUCGGAAUAAUUGACGCUGAGUGUUUUUUAUCACGCGACUUCUCGUAUUUCUUUCACCUUUCGUGGACUGGCUGGGAGAAGAGACGAAACGUUGACACUUGUUCACGAAUGAUUUUUGAGGAAACUGAAUUACCGACGAAUUGGUGGAUCGUUGAAAUCAAAGAUUCGUGAGAUAUAAGAAGAGUAGAAAAGAACCAUCAAGCCGCGUUCAACUGUCCGAACUCUUUGAGGAUUUUAUCGACCGAGGAAGCAGAAUGUAGACAAAGAAGAAAACCAAUCGAGUUCCGAAAUUCAAAGGCGGUCACUCGAUCUGCAUAAAUCGACUCGCGCUAUUUCUUCCUGGUCUUUGUGUUCGGUUUCUCUUUUCUUAUUUCUUCGCGCAAAAGUGCGAGCCCGUAUUCGUCCGGUCCGAAAUUAGGCGGGAAGAAAAAACGUCACCAUGAGGAAAAGGAAGCUGCCUCGAAUUCAGAGGUAGAAGAAUCCACGGUCUGCAAGCUCUCUGCAACAAGAUCAAGAUUGGCGGGUGGUUUGACGCCCCGCGGGGUGGAGAGCUACCGGUUUUCCCAUCAGCCCCGGGUCCAUGGCCCCCGGCUGGUCACGCCUUCGCUGGUGGUGGUUCACCGCUCUGAUCCUGGCCGUAUGGUGGCCGAGACCAAGGGCCGACUGGACUCGCCCCGAGACCUCGGAGCAUCGCCUGGUGCCGAGGGAUUCUCAGCGAGGAAACGAGGUCCUAAUUUACCUCAGAGAACAGUGCGAUCACGGGACGAACGUCACGGAGAUCGGCGCCCUCCUCAGUCGCUACAAUUCGACUCUGACCCUCAGCAUGCUGCCGAAAUCCGUCACCUGCGAGACUCGCUCCCGAGGGCUUGGUGCACUCGUCAACGCCCUGGGACGCAACACCACCCGGGCUCUGAUCGCAACCGUAGAACCAGACACGUGCGAAGUUGCCGCCAGGCUUGCCGACCUCUGGGACAAGCCACUGAUUACGUGGACCUGUCCGCUGAGAACUGUGGAAGAGACAGACGUAUCCUCGGUUAUCAGACUAUCUCCUUCACUUCCGGCGAUCGCACAAACUUUGGCUGAAAUUCUUGUACAUUUUCGUUGGAAGUCUGUCGCCAUGGUCAGCACAGAUCACGGCAUCUGGCCAAGCCUGGAUCAUGCUAUGGUUGGUUCAUUGCGGAGUAUAGACGCGGUUCCGAGGCACCAUGUGGUCUUGUCGUCCCAUGCAAUGGCGAGACAAAUCCAUGGUGCCCUCAGGCCGCUCCACAACGUCCCUUGCAGAGCAAUCGUCCUGUGUCUUCCACCGGAUUCCGAACUCGCCACUCGAGUCCUGACCGAGCUUGAUGUUAUUCAGGGAAACCAUGCUGUGGCCUCGGCCGUCAUUCUUAUCCAGACCGAGUCCCCGGAUCUUUUCUUGCCGCCUUCGGAAGGCAGCGUAAAUCGCGCCGACAAUGACGGCCCUUCGUCUUCCAAUUUUUCAACCUCUAAUUCGUCGCGCUCCUACUCGGAACCGAAGACCAAAGUGACCGCAAAUACCAGGAGAUUGUCACCUUCACGAAACCUCAGUGACACCAUCCGGGAGAAUUUGCUAGUUAUGGUGCCAUUUGAUCAGAGGCACAAUGUGGAACAGGUUUACAAUGGCAGUCAAACCUACCCGGAGACGACGAUAGUUGCUCGUCUCGAAGAGUGCCUCGAGAUACUGUCGAGCAGUAAUCAGGACGACGUCAAUUCGUACAACAAAAUUUACACCUACGUUCUGCUAGACUGGCGCGACAAUGGGUGGAAACCAGUCCUGAAGGUCACAAAGUCUGAAAAUGAGAUGGUCGUCAUCGAGAUCAGCAAGGACGUCAGAACCGAUGAUGGAGUCUUCGAACCACCUUGCGACGAGGACAGAGAAUGCCCUGAUGGUGUUGACCCCUUCCGAAUGGCCCACGUGAUACUGAUUAUACUGGUUUCGAUAUUCUUCGCAUUCGUCGCCAUCACGACAACGGCUUUAGUCAGGAAACACCUGCUAAAGAAGAGGAUGUCGAAGGGUCCUUACAAGAUCAUCUUAACUGCCAGUGACUUCGUAUUUCCUCAGGUUCAUGACUCGCGUCGGGUCGACGAAGGAAUCGAAGCUAUGCUUUGCUGUUGGCUUCAGCAGUUGCAGGAAUUCGGUGGUCCUGAAGUUGACAAGCCGGACCUUCUUCAGGGUAGCGUUGGCUCUUUGAAACCUCACCUGCAGGCGAGCACCGGAAGCUUGGCACGCCAUACGAUCUUCAAGGAUCACCGAGCUCGCUACAAUGGGGACUUGGUUGAGCUCAAAGAGAUUCCUUGUCAAGGAGCGUUCGAGCUGAAAAGCAAAGCCAUGGACGUGAUAGUCACAAUCCACGGACUGAGACACGAGAACUUGAAUCCACUGAUAGGAUGCUUGACGGAACCAACCAGGCCUUGUCUUGUGUCCGAGUAUUGCUCCCGGGGAUCUUUGGAGGACGUUUUGGUCCAAGAUGAAAUAAAGCUUGAUUGGUCGUUCCGGUUGUCCCUGCUGACGGACCUAGUGCGGGGGAUGAGGUAUCUACACAGCAGCCCAAUUCGUAUUCACGGAUAUUUAACCUCGAGGAACUGCGUCAUAGACGCACGCUGGGUUCUAAAAGUAUCGGAUUAUGGGUUGCCGCCUUUUUACGACGCCCAGAAUGUUGUUCCGCCGGCGAAAACGGCCAGAGACCUGUUAUGGACGGCUCCGGAACUCCUCAGGCAUUCCGGGUUGAGGAAGAGAGGCACACAACCCGGGGAUGUUUACAGUUUUGGGAUAAUCAUGCAGGAGGUUGUUGUGCGAGGCGCACCCUUUUGCAUGCUCGGAUUAUCUCCCGAAGAUAUCAUAGAAAAAGUGAAAAGACCCCCACCCCUGAUAAGGCCGUCGGUAAGCAAAGGAGCAGCGCCUCCGGAGGCAAUAAAUAUCAUGAGGCAAUGUUGGGCCGAGGCGACCGAUCUGCGUCCGGAUUUCAACGCGGUCCAUGACCUCUUCAAAAAGCUGAAUCACGGAAGGAAGGUGAAUUUCGUCGACACGAUGUUCCAAAUGCUCGAAAAAUACUCCAACAACUUGGAGGAGCUCAUCAGAGAACGGACCGAGCAGUUGGACAUGGAGAAAAAGAAGACCGAACAGCUGCUGAACCGUAUGCUGCCCAGCUCUGUCGCGGAGAAACUUAAACUCGGUGAGCCGGUGAACCCCGAAGAAUUCCGCGAAGUGACUAUAUACUUCUCGGACAUCGUCGGAUUUACCACCAUAUCAGCGUACUCAACUCCGUUCCAGGUUGUCGAUCUCCUGAAUGACCUCUACACCUGCUUCGAUGCCACCAUAAACGCGUACAAUGUCUACAAGGUGGAAACGAUAGGUGACGCUUACAUGGUGGUCGGUGGAUGUCCGGUGCGAAUACCGGACCACGCGACCCAGAUAGCGACGAUGGCUUUAGACCUGCUUCACCAGAGCGGGAAGUUCAAGCUGCGACACUUACCAAAGACGCAGCUGAGGCUGAGGAUUGGGCUACACACCGGUCCAUGCUGUGCGGGAGUCGUUGGACUUACCAUGCCUCGGUACUGCCUCUUCGGCGACACCGUCAACACCGCUUCGAGGAUGGAAUCGACCGGUGCUGCUUGGCGAAUCCAUAUGAGUCAGGCGACUCGUGAUCGGCUAACGCAUGUCGGCGGCUACCAAAUCGAGUAUCGUGGAAGAACCGAGGUCAAGGGAAAGGGAAGACUGCCAACCUAUUGGCUCCUGGGAAAGCAGGGAUUUGACAAGGAACUGCCGACGCCGCCGCCUCUCGGGGAGAGUCACGGGCUAGACGAGAGUUUGAUAAUCGGUAACAUGCCGUUGGGGGACCAAUCUGGACUGGAAACGCCUCAAAUAAUGAGCACUGCGUCCGACGACGAAAGUUCGGGAGAGUGCAGCGCUUCAUUGGCGACAACGCCAGCAGGAACGGCCUCUCCAUCCGGAAUGAAAUUGUCCGGAGGAACGGAACACCUUCCUCAAGACAGAUUCGAGGCGCGGAAUGCAUUUACGAGGAGAGUUUCGGCAUCCGUACAUGACGAGAAGACCCUGACGACAAGCUUCUCCCUGAAGUCCAGCGACGCGGUUGAAAUUCUUCGAGACAUCGUGAAGACUCCGGAGUAUAACUCAAGCGCCAAUGUCACCAAAAGCACAUCCGGCGACACUCAACUGUCACUCGGCACUCCGGUAUCGGCAACCGAAGUCGCCGCCGCUCUUCUCGGCGCUUCUACAACCUCUUUGACCUCCGUUACUGGAUCCGCUUUUCGCGGAAGGCACAGAAGGGUUGGCGUCAUCGACGAGGAUGAUCUCAGUACGCCUUACAAUCAUUACAGAUGUCUUUCGCCCAAUGAACACUAUGGGAAAAGCAGCGGUUGUCGAUUGCUGAAGCGACAAUUCAGCCUCGACCGUGCGGAUGAGCCUUCGUCACUAACGGAGCCGCAAUUGUGCAGACAAACGCCUCGGCUAUACAAGCAAAACAGCGCCGGGGCCGCAAACGACCUUGAACGUAUCGAAGAACACCCGGCAACUCCUGGUCCUCAGAUAUACCGACACGCAGCAUCAAUGUCUCUGUCCGUAGAGUCGCUGUCUUUGCACUAGACAACGGUCUUCAAGGUCCGUUCGAAACACUUUCAAAAAUCAAUCCAAAUCCCAAAUUUCGGAUAUCGCUCUUGCCUUGAAUUACAGAGCCUCUGAUUUGAUUACUUGAAUUUUGGAGCGAAAACUGUGGAGGACGAUGAAAGUCUCAAAAUAUACUGCGAAGGACAAUUAUUUAUUAACUACGUCUAGUGUGGAUAUCAAUCGAUAUAUAAUCAAUGAUACAUAAUGCAUGAUAGAUGGUAGAUCCUUGAGAGUGCUUCAAAUCCGUCUCAACCCGUCCGAAAGAGAAUGCAAAUCCAAAUGUUGAUACUAUUCUUGUGUAAAAAACAAGGAAUCAAUCGAUAUUUUCCAACAAUUAAAAACAGAAGCGUAACUAUUGUUGAAGUCGGUUUCAUUUUUUUUUCAAUAUUUUUCAAUCGAUGCAAAUCUGUGAAAAAAAAACUUCACCUCUUUCGAAACGGUUUAGAAAAUAGAUACAACAACUUAUUCGAAACAUUUGCGAAAGUUUGCGGAUUUGUAGACUACCAGUAAUCAUAAUAAUAAUCAUAACAACCUGCGAGGUUGAGACGGUGUAAAAGGGCUCUUAGCGAUUAGCGGAACUCUUAAGUGUGACUACAAUAAAUGUGUGAAAGGGUGAAGCUUGCGGUGAUUGGAACACCUUUCCUCUAUUAUUUUAUUAAGUAUUUUCCAACGGCUGCAAGCUUCGCCCUAAUCCUGCGUCAGCAAUAAGUGAAAAUAAUAAAAGAAUAGAAAUAUUUUGACACAUAAUGAAGUAAAAGAAAAUAAAUACAUACACUAGUAGUGAUAGUAAAAAUGAUAAUGAUAAUGAUGAAAAUUAAUUCAGCCAAAAUGGCACUUGUAAUGGAAGUUCAAAUUAUAUACUGCAUUAUACAUAAAUGUAUAUGUAAUAUAUCUAUAUACAUGUAUUUGUAUGGAAGCGAACGAGGUGAUCAAAAUUCCGCCUCCCUCAUUUGCGUAUAAUGCAAUUUUUAAGAAGUGAAAUAAUCAUAAUAAUAACAAUAGUGAUAAUAAUUACUUAUACGUAAGAUUCAUCAAUUUCAAUCACUGGUUUAUAACACCAUCAAAAAUGUAGAGGACAAUCGUUAGUCGACUUGGAAAAGUUCGUCGGCUGUUGGAUAUAAUAUUUCUUUCUACAUAUAUGUAUUCCGAAUUUUCUAUUCUCAUUAUGGGAAACUAUGAUCGCGAAAAAAGCAAAUGUCGAGACACUCAAAGUUUUUAGUACGAUUUUAAAAUCAGUCUCAAAUUUCUAUCCCGUCAAUUGUACUAUUCAUGAAACGAAAAAAACAUCAUUCAUCAAAUUUUUCAAAAAUCACCGAAUGAUACCGUCGAUUGAGCGAGGGCAAAAAUUUGUUAUUCAGUUACCGUCGGGAAAAGUUUCAAGUUACAUCUGUUCUGUUGAUGUAGAAAGUCGUGUGUGAUUAAUCGUUUUGUGCUGAUAAAAGUAUUUUUUUAAAUUUUUUUUCAUCCUUCUCUCUCUCUCUCUCUCUCGCUUUUGCAAACAAAUCGCAGCUUGUUGUCGCUUUGAGGAUUCUUGGGGAUCCCUUCUCUUGGUAUUUUAUUCACGAAACGUGCGGAUCGAGUUAGAAAUGGCGAGGCACUCAAGAGAGUAGAUCACCGCUGAAAAUGAACUCGAAAAAUGAAUCGCUUUUCUUUUUCCUUCGGCCAAUCUUCUUCUGCACAAAAAUUUGCGGGAAGGUUAUUGCAUCGUACGUACAAUAAAGAACGUGAUAAAAUUGCCUCUUGAUGGUAGUAAAAUUGUAGAAAGAAAAUUUUUAAGCCAUAGAAGUACCUGAUACUACAAAUGAAAAUAUCUUUUUCUCGCCUGUCAUCAAACUGUUCAAUAACAAAUUUUAAGGAACGAAACAAAUUAGUUGACAAUUAUUGUAAGGAAUAAAUUUUUCAAUACGAAUUUGGGAAAAGUGGUGAGUAAUCGAAAAUUCGGAAUGUAUAUACGAUGAAAUCGAACGCCGAUCAACUGGUUCUAGAAGUAGGACCGUGUAGUAAAUGAAAUGUUAAUAUAGGCACUGUAUGGAUAUUCUUACAACUGGUGUUACCGUAUCAUAAAAAUUAUUAAAAUGGAUACAAUAACCCGAAUAAUUCUAUAUUGAAUGUUAUAAAGAAAAAAAAAAAAAAAAAAUCUUAUACAUAUACAAAGAAGAAGAAAAACUACAAAAUUUAUAAGUAUUUACAUGUUGUUGAAUAGUUGGUGUUAUACAAUAUAUUACAGGUAUAUUUAAAUAUACAGGAUGAUUAAUAAACACGUGAACUACAUAUAUAGAUAAUAUUAUGUAUAGAGUCCCCGCAAUAUAUCUAUAAUAUCUUUACAUAAAUAAAUAUAAUAUACUCUGUAAAUAUAUAUAGCUUGUAUUUUCUAAGACCACGCGAAAAAUGUUUAUAUUUUCGACUAUUUCUUACUAUAUUAUUUUACGUUUUAACGUGUACGAAUAUAGUUGUAUUUAUACAUGUAUAUUAUAUAAUACUUACAGCUAUUGUAUUAUUAUUAUUAAUUCUCGGUACGAUGUAUCGGCAUAAGUACACGAAUGGUAUCUUUAUUCGGUACCGUAAAAAAAAUUUCUAACCUCGAGUACGACGAUAAUCUAUACGAUGUUGAACAAAACAUUAUGAAAAAAAAAAAAAAAAAAAACACUCAUCCAGGAAAUGUAUCAGUAUUAAUUUUUCAGUCGCUAUGUAAAUGUACAAGAAAAUUAAUCCAAAAAUUAUCGAAUACAAAAAUAUGCGUUGAAAUUCUAAUCGACCAUUUCAUUUCGUGUACAAAAGACGUCUGUUGCGAUUUUUUCAUCAACAAUCCGUAACCGAAUAAAACUCCUCAUAUACUGUAUGAUUUCAGGUAAUUUACAAACUUGAUCAGCGAUGUAAUAAUAACGUAUAUUACGUAUUAUUCUAAUCGGAUUUAAAGAGAGUAAAAAGAUGGGCAGACACUACACGAAGAAAAAGAGCAUGAAAUACAACGGAGAUACAAUUAUAUUUAUUCAUCAAUGUUAUAAUAAUUGUAAACACGUUUAUAACUAUAAGAAAACUUUUACUGUGAAUUAACUCCGUAUUUGUAUAACCAUGAUUAUUAUAUAUAUUUUAGACACCCUGUUGAAAAAAGACGUGAAAAAUGGAAGAAAAAUUGGUCGGAUAUUUAUGUGUAACAAUGCCCUGCGCACUUGACAGCAAUAAAGAUGAUCGCGUUGAGAUAAACGAAGAUCCAUUGGAGAUGCAAAAUUUGGAAGAAGGAAAAAAUGGAACCAAUCUUAAAACAUCCUUCGGUCUAUCAUCUCAUUUCCGACAAAUAAUUCAAAGGCCUGAAGUGGGGCCCAUUUCUCGGAAUUGUCUUAGAUUACCUCAUCCUUCUUCCUCCACCCACCC